CAUCUCAGGCUCUCCAGAUUCCCAGGCCGUUUGCUGAUGAGAAAUCUUUGCUGCAGCGAGGACCGGAGUCCCCCGCGCGCAGCCCAGUGGCAGCAGAGGGCGAGGCUGAGAGGGAAGGCGAGGGCUGUAGGGGAGGGAGGCAGCCGAUCCUCCCCGCGCGAGCCCGCAAGGAUGCGGCAGGGGGUCGGGGGCAUGGGAGAUACAAACUCCCGGAGCCCCUGAUCUGAUCUUGCAGACCUGGCCCGCGGGCCAAUUUCCUGCCAAGCGCAGCCGGGAAGCAGAGGCGCCUGGAGAGCAGAAAGAGGGGCACUGGGGGUGCCCAUCCCCAGAGUAGGUCCCCCGGCGAACGGGGAAGAAGAGAGAAGGGAGUCAGUGAGUGGUGAGGAGAAGGGGAAAAAACCUGUAUCCAGACUGGCUCAGGAGCGUCGGAGAGACUGGGGCGCUCCGCGCCAUCGUCUUCAAUGCCUCUCUGAACAGCCUUUAGGAAGAGUGUGAGAGAAAGAGAGAGAGCGCGCGCCAGGGAGAGGAGAAAAGAAGAUGAGGAUUAUUUGCAGACAGAUUGUCUUGUUAUUUUCUGGAUUUUGGGGACUCGCCAUGGGAGCCUUUCCGAGCAGCGUGCAAAUAGGUGGUCUCUUUAUCCGAAACACAGAUCAGGAAUACACUGCUUUUCGAUUGGCAAUUUUUCUUCAUAACACCAGCCCCAAUGCGUCGGAAGCUCCUUUUAAUUUGGUACCUCAUGUGGACAACAUUGAGACAGCCAACAGUUUUGCUGUAACGAAUGCUUUCUGUUCCCAGUAUUCUAGAGGAGUAUUUGCCAUUUUUGGACUCUAUGAUAAGAGGUCAGUACAUACCUUGACCUCGUUCUGCAGCGCCUUACACAUCUCCCUCAUCACACCAAGCUUCCCUACCGAAGGGGAGAGCCAGUUCGUGCUGCAGCUAAGGCCGUCCUUACGAGGAGCGCUCUUGAGUCUGCUGGAUCACUAUGAAUGGAACUGUUUUGUCUUCCUGUAUGACACAGACAGGGGAUACUCGAUACUUCAAGCUAUUAUGGAAAAAGCAGGACAAAAUGGUUGGCAUGUCAGCGCUAUAUGUGUGGAAAAUUUUAAUGAUGUCAGCUAUAGGCAACUUCUAGAAGAACUCGAUAGAAGACAAGAGAAGAAAUUUGUGAUAGACUGUGAGAUAGAGAGGCUUCAAAACAUAUUAGAACAGAUUGUGAGUGUUGGAAAGCAUGUUAAAGGCUACCAUUAUAUCAUUGCAAACUUGGGAUUCAAGGAUAUUUCUCUUGAGAGGUUUAUCCAUGGUGGAGCCAAUGUUACAGGAUUUCAGUUGGUAGAUUUUAAUACACCUAUGGUAACCAAACUAAUGGAUCGUUGGAAGAAACUAGAUCAGAGGGAGUAUCCAGGAUCUGAGACUCCUCCAAAGUACACGUCUGCUCUGACUUAUGAUGGAGUCCUCGUGAUGGCCGAAACUUUCCGAAAUCUUAGAAGGCAGAAAAUUGAUAUUUCGAGGAGAGGCAAUGCCGGAGAUUGUCUGGCAAAUCCUGCUGCUCCAUGGGGCCAGGGAAUUGACAUGGAGAGGACACUCAAACAGGUUCGAAUUCAAGGGCUGACAGGGAAUGUUCAGUUUGACCACUAUGGACGUAGGGUCAAUUACACAAUGGAUGUGUUUGAGCUGAAGAGCACAGGACCUAGAAAGGUUGGUUACUGGAAUGAUAUGGAUAAGUUAGUCUUAAUUCAAGAUGUCCCCACUCUUGGCAAUGACACUGCAGCUAUUGAGAACAGAACAGUGGUUGUAACCACAAUUAUGGAAUCCCCAUAUGUUAUGUACAAGAAAAAUCACGAAAUGUUUGAAGGAAAUGACAAGUAUGAAGGAUACUGUGUAGAUUUGGCAUCUGAAAUUGCAAAACAUAUUGGUAUCAAGUAUAAAAUUGCCAUUGUCCCUGAUGGAAAAUAUGGAGCAAGGGAUGCAGACACAAAAAUCUGGAAUGGGAUGGUAGGAGAACUUGUUUAUGGGAAAGCAGAGAUUGCUAUUGCCCCUCUGACAAUCACUUUGGUACGAGAGGAGGUCAUUGACUUCUCUAAGCCCUUCAUGAGUUUGGGCAUAUCUAUCAUGAUCAAAAAGCCUCAGAAAUCUAAACCAGGAGUGUUUUCCUUCUUGGAUCCUCUGGCCUAUGAGAUUUGGAUGUGCAUAGUCUUUGCCUACAUUGGCGUCAGCGUGGUCUUGUUCCUAGUUAGUAGGUUUAGUCCGUAUGAGUGGCACACAGAAGAGCCAGAGGAUGGAAAGGAAGGACCCAGCGACCAGCCUCCCAAUGAGUUUGGCAUCUUUAACAGCCUCUGGUUUUCCCUGGGUGCUUUUAUGCAACAAGGAUGUGACAUUUCACCCAGAUCCCUCUCAGGUCGAAUUGUUGGAGGUGUUUGGUGGUUCUUUACCCUCAUCAUUAUAUCAUCUUAUACUGCUAACCUCGCUGCUUUCCUGACGGUUGAGCGAAUGGUCUCCCCCAUAGAAAGUGCGGAAGACUUGGCCAAACAAACAGAAAUUGCCUAUGGAACACUGGAUUCAGGGUCAACAAAAGAAUUCUUCAGAAGAUCAAAAAUAGCAGUGUAUGAAAAGAUGUGGACCUACAUGCGAUCAGCAGAGCCGUCAGUGUUCACUAGGACUACAGCUGAGGGAGUAGCUCGUGUCCGCAAAUCCAAGGGCAAAUUUGCCUUUCUCCUGGAGUCCACUAUGAAUGAAUACAUUGAGCAGCGAAAGCCGUGUGACACGAUGAAAGUGGGAGGAAAUCUGGAUUCGAAAGGCUAUGGAGUAGCAACGCCCAAGGGUUCCUCAUUAAGAAAUGCUGUUAACCUCGCAGUUUUAAAACUGAAUGAACAAGGCCUCUUGGACAAAUUGAAAAACAAAUGGUGGUACGACAAAGGAGAAUGUGGCAGCGGGGGAGGUGACUCCAAGGACAAGACGAGUGCCUUGAGCCUGAGCAACGUAGCAGGCGUCUUCUACAUUCUGGUUGGCGGCUUGGGCUUGGCAAUGCUGGUGGCUUUGAUAGAGUUCUGUUACAAGUCCAGGGCAGAAGCGAAGAGAAUGAAGCUGACCUUUUCUGAAGCCAUAAGAAACAAAGCCAGAUUAUCCAUCACUGGGAGUGUGGGUGAGAAUGGCCGCGUCUUGACGCCUGACUGCCCAAAGGCUGUACACACUGGAACUGCAAUUAGACAAAGUUCAGGAUUGGCUGUCAUUGCAUCGGACCUACCAUAAAAACCAAAAAAAUAAUUGAGUGCCUUAAUUAAACUGUGUUGGUGACUGAUGGAAACGCAGCCCUGAGGGACACGCCAAGUGCGGGUCGUCGCUAAACCAAUCCUUUGGCUGAGAGCGGGAAGUACGUCCUAAUGCGCCAGACAUCAGCAGCAGCAACGUGUGCAUGAGCUCAGCUCGGAAACCCAAACUCAGAGUUUAUAUCAGGAAAACUCACCAUUUAGGUUUUUUCGGGGAGUGGGUGGGGGGAGCUGGGAUGGGUGUAUUAACAGCAACAAAUUUCACUCGAGUGGACUUGAAAACUAAUCAGACUUGCCAGUUAGCACAUUCAACUGUGAAGUUCUUGCUCAGAAAGGCCUUGGUCUUCACCGAAAGGGAUAAAAUAGUUAUAGAAGUCAAUGAACAUGCUAACCUGUGUCUCCAGAACACCCAUUUAUUCAACGGAAGACUAUCCAGCGGAGAAAACAAAUCACUAAACUGUGAUAAGAAAAUAAUAAACAAACAUGUAAAUCCUGUGAAAAAAUUUAAAGGAAGUAUUUACACUUACUUUGGAGAAAACAAAUACUGAAACAUGCUUGCUUUUUAACUGACGUAAAUUCAGUAGAGGACAACACAAUUCUUUUUUCUAACCAUCUUAGGGAACAAUACAUUGCAAUAAUUGAUAUAAAUGCCAUCACUGUAAUAAACUUUAGAGACUUUUUUUUAUAAAAGUUGUUGGUCAUCUUCUUGUUUGCUAUAACCUUCACUCUGUCACAUGAGUCGGUGUCCACAGAUUGCAUUUGUCUCACUACCAGGAACAAAAACAAAAUGACGACAAUGUUAACGUAAAAUCAUCAGUCUGCAAUGUAGAGUCAAAAGAGACUACGGGUCACUCAUGUUAUCGAUAUUAUUUAUAAUCUUGUUCUGUGUACAAAAUUGUGGUUUUUGUACCCACCAAAAAGAAUAAAACAACAGACAUUCUUACAAUAUCUACAGAGCUUAAAGUUUUUUCUUAUCAUUGUAAAAGUUAUUUGAGAAAUCAUAAGACUAUAGGAGGGAUGGUAGAAGUCAAGUGUGGACCAUAAUGGAAAUCGUAGCUAGCCCUUAUUAUUUUUGCAUAUUAAGCUACCCUCUUUUACAGAUCUUGACUCAUCAGCAGGUUGAAUUGUCAGUUAUGGAGUGUUUGAAUUAGGGAAUGAAUCAUUGUCACAACAGCAACAUACCCUGUAAUUGUGUGCUGAAGUUUUACUUGACUGUAUUUUGCUGCAUAAAAUAAUGUGUCUCUUGGGCUUCUCCCCCCAUUCCCAUUAUUCCAUUUAAAUCAUUUAAAGCACUAAUAAUAGUUUUGGAUAAACAACUAAUGGAGAAUUAGUCCUUGUUUUCAACUGGAAAUAGUGAAGAAAAUUAUACCCAUGUUUACUUACAAAAAUCACCUUAUGUUACGUUUGGAUUAAAUUAACAUGGUUCAAAAGAAGGUUUGGGUCAUUUGAAAUAAAAAUAAGUACUAUAAUACAGAAAGAUAUCACAAUACUUACAGAUCUCGGCAGAAAGCACAAUUUAGGAUGAUUUUGGAAGUCUGGCCUUGAAGGAUGAGUUGAGUUUUCAUAGGUGGAGAAGAUGUUAAGAGCCUUAUGGGUGAGCAGUGGCCCAAAGCCAUGCAUGUCAAUGGCUUGUUUAAUGAGUGUAUGUGACUGAAUGGGCUGGAGAGAGCACAGGGUGUGAUAUCACGAAAGACAAAGUUGGGAAAGUUGAAGGAUUGAUUACCUUGCUUCAACUCUCAAGAUACCCAGCCCUCAUUCAAUCCCUGCUGCAGGAAGAGUAAUCUUAAAAAGUGCGAAUCUGAUACACACACACACACACACACACACACACACACUGUUCCCUCAGGAAAAAUUCCAAGCUCUUGAGCAGAGCUAAUGAGCCCCUUUAUGACCUGGCCCUUGUGUAUCUCCUCCACAACUUCUCUCACCUCUACCCAAACUCUCCCGCCCACAAAUGAACCUCAAAAGCAGCACACGGGAUACUGCAUCUACGAUUUCCUCAGUCUCCAGCUCUUCCCUGUCUUCUCUUUACCUGACUAACUCGUACUCAUCCUUCAGCACUCAAAUCGAAACCUGCCCCGGGAAGAUUUCCAUGACUAUCCACCACCCUCUGCCUAUGAGACUGAGUUAGGUGCCCUUUUAAUGUUUUCUCCCCCUUACGGCACUUACCAUACUACAUUGUAAUUGCCUGUGUACUUGUCUGUGUAAUGACUAGACUGUAAGCCCCUUGAGGGCAGGGACUGUGUCAAUCUUGUUCACAGUUGUAUCCCCAGCAUACCCAGCACAGUGCCUGGCAUAUUGUAGGUGCUUAAUAAAUAUUUGUUGAAUGAA